UCAUGACGAAAGGUCGGACCCGGAAGUGGGAAUGUGUCAUCGGUGCCAGCAAAAAAAAACAAAAAAAAAAAAACCGACUGCACUUUUCAAAUCCUUGAGAAGGGAGGGAGUUCGUGAUCAUCUGAGGGAAUAUCUGCAAAGAAAUAAAAAAACAACAACUUUACUGCGUUAAAAAGAGGAAAACUGCACUCAAAGUGUAAAUAACGGAUGUGUGGACGAGCAAAGAGACUUGAGGGAAAAGUAAAGUGACUGUAACCAAGGAGACGAUUGAGUUUUUCUUUUUUCUCCCAGGGACGGUGUUGAGGUUGUUAUAUGGAAAGGAAGUUUAAUCUUCCGGCGGUAUUUUCUGUCCAAAAGAGGAGAUGAACAUUGUUGUGGAUACGCGCUUGAACGACGAAGAGACACCGUGUAAAGUUCCUACACUUGACCUGAGAUAGUUCACACUUUCCGUUAGCAUUAACUUUAACUCUCGUUCUCCUUCAAGAACCCGCACAUCCCUCAAAACAACAUCAGCGACAUCUUUCUUUAAUCUAAUGGGUUCUGGGGACUUUCCUCUGCACUUUCCUCCCAGCAGGAUGAUGGCCCGGAGGCGGUUGGAGGGUCGCGGCGGGCUGCUGGCGGACAUCCAGACCACGAUACUGAGCGAGCCGCUGGAUUCCCUGUUCCACAUCACCGGCGAGCUCGGCAGAGGGAAGUUUGCAGUGGUGAAGAAAUGCGUGGACAAGGCGACGGGUAAAGAGUUUGCGGCGAAGUUCGUGCGGAAGCGGCGGCGAGGUCGUGACUGUAGGGCCGAGGUGAUCCACGAGCUGGCGGUGCUGGAGGCGGCCCGGUGCAACCCCCGCAUCAUCAACCUGCACGCAGCCUACGAGAACGAGCACGACAUCAUCCUACUGCUUGAGUAUGCGGCAGGUGGUGAGAUAUUUGACCACUGCGUGUCUGACGAGCUGCUGUCCGAAGGCCAGAUCAUUCGUUUAAUCCGACAGGUCCUUGAAGGCGUCCAUCUGCUGCACCAGAGCAACGUCGUCCACCUUGACUUGAAGCCUCAGAACAUUCUGCUGACCAGUCUGAGUCCUCUUGGGGACAUUAAGAUCGUGGACUUUGGGCUGGCACGGCGGCUCGGCUCCAUCGGAGAGCUGCGAGAGAUCGUGGGUACACCUGAGUACGUAGCUCCAGAAAUCCUGAAUUAUGAGCCCAUCACUACAGCCACAGAUCUCUGGAGCAUCGGCGUGAUCACGUACAUGCUGAUCACAGGAGAGUCUCCGUUUGCCGGCGAGGACAAGCAGCAAACCUUCCUGAACGUUUCACAGGUGAACGUGGACUACAGCAAGGAGGCGUUCUCCCGUGUGUCCGAGCUCGCCGUCCAUUUCAUCCAAAAACUGCUGGUCAAAGCACCAGAAGACCGGCCGAGCGCCGCAGACUGUCUGAGUCACCCGUGGCUGUGGCAGCAGUACCUGGGGGUCGAACUCUCUCCCCCUCCAGCAACCCCACGUGUCCCACGAGAGCGCAGCAGCGGUGUCAAGUGGGCAUCUGCUCCCGAGGACCUUGAGGACAAAGAGAACAUUCUGGAUUCGCCGCAGUCUAAGAGGUUCCGCUUCGAAGAUGACGCACAGGCCGCGAGGGACAGCAGCAUCUGAAACACACCCUGUAAUCACAUUCCCGUUUUGAUCAGGGCAAGAUUUUCCAUCCAAAUCCUCUGAAUUACUUUUGGGACCAGACCAAAGAUGAUUUGCUAAUGCCAGAGCGAAUUCCUGCUGCACAAUAACAUGUAUAAUGAGGUUUCUGUAACUAAAUCACUGUCUUCUUCUUUCAUCUCAGAUAUCCGAGCAGCUCUUUUUCUCUCGUAUGUGGUUUUAUUGUAUGUGUUUGUGUUUUUAAUUUGCUCCAUUAUCUAUGUUUUUCUUUUUGAAUAUUUAUUUGAUACUGAGUUCCAGUAAGGUGUGUUAUUUUAAAGUAGGAAAAAUAAGAAAACAAGGCCAAUGGUUCCUCUAAACCAGCAAUGUUUUAAUAGUAGGGGUGUUUGGUUUAUUUUUUUUGAUUAAUUGUCGGUCUCAUUAAUUGUGAUCACUUUUUGCUGCUCCAAAUCACAAUAUGCUGGACUGCAGGGGAAACUAGAAUGAGGUUCUUAUAAAUAAACAAGGCAUUGGUUUGUUGGGCUCGUUGUAUUUAGUAAUGGCAAAGAUUAAUGAUAGUGAUGUUAUUAUUUCUGCCAACAGUGCUCUGUGUGUGUGUGUGUGUGUGUGUGUGUGUGUGUGUGUGUGUGUGUGUGUGUGUGUGUGUGUGUGUGUGUGUUUUUUUGUUUUUUUUUGCUCUGUUUCGGGCAUGUUUCUCAAUUUAAGUCAUACACCGCACCCUGAAUUACUCAGAUCUGGGUUUUUUUAUUUUUUAUUUUAAAGUGUGCACUUCCCCUUAGUCACAGAUCUGGAGGACUGCCAUAAAGUACUUAAUCCCUUGACUUCUGUGUGUCUUGGUGAAAUAUGAAAGAAAGGAAGAGAGAAAAUCUUUAAAAUGCUCAGAUUAAAAAAAUAAUUAGAAACAGAUAUAUUUUUGUAGCUCUUAUAAAAAUUAGUUGCGCUUAUUUUUCCUAAGCAAAUGAAGGCAGGGAGGAAAAGGACAGCUGGAUGGACAACUUAUGUUUAAAUUCUAGCACAUUUUGUAAUCUAUGCAUUCAUCUGGGUUUUCAGGCUCUUUCAAUUUGUCAGACCCCGGAUUAUCUAGUAUCUUCUGCUUGGGGGACUGGGGGAUUUGGAGGGGGGACGGCGACGACACAGUUUACCCAUUCCAUGCCUUCUUUUCUCAGGGUUAGCAUCACAAUUUGCCAAUACAGGUUUUUUUUAUGCCUUUAUAUACAAUAGAUUAAAUACUUUAUUCAGAUCAUUUGUCAGAUUAUUUAGCCACAUAAUCUGACAUGUGAAUGUCUGCAUUCGUCUCUGUUCAGCAUGCACAAUGAUUCUGUACUCGAAACUGGAUCAAGCAUACUUUUUUUUAAAAAACUUUUUUAUUUUCUUUAAAUAGUUCAUUUUAUUAAGUGUAUCAGUGAAGCGAGUGUUUAAAUUCCAGGUGGUGUUUGUUUAGAAGAUGUGGGAUGUUGAUGGAUAUUUGUGACAUGUUGGUAGUUGGAGAUGAAGUGAUGUUUUGAGAGAGAUUGUUGUUGGGAAAUAAAGAGUUAAGAUAUGCAUAGAAGUCCACAAACACUUGGGUUGAUAGUGUUAACAUACAGUUUUGGCUGUAAGGAAUUUUUACCAGUGGCUGUGAUCUGUUGAUGAGAUUAUACUCUCUCAUCUUAUCUGAGAGCUUUGAACUGGAAAUGUUGGUAUUUUGGGGCCUUGAAUGUUGUCAUGUCUCGUGUUGGUUUAAGGAAGUUUGAGGAAUGUGUUUUCGUAAUUGCUUUGGUCUUUCACGCUGCGGCGGAGAUGUCACAAACUCACCCUCGAAAACAAAAGGGUCCUUGUCUUUAAUAUGGACGUGUCCUGUUUUACACACCAUAUGCUGGGAAACUAAACGCAAACAUCUCAACUGUUGGAAGUUUUAUAAAAGUGGUCAAAACUAGAAGAAAAACCUGUCCAUGAACAUAUUCAUUUUGAGAUCUGAAAGUUGGUAAAUGCGUGUUGAAUCUGAAACAGACACCACCCGCCUCCGUUACUCACCCAACGCAAUAGAGUUUCUCGUUUCUCUUCUCCAGUCAGGUCCAUGCAUCUCAGGGACGUCCAGUGACAAGCUCGCAGAGCUGCUAGAGGAAACAUCCAGUACAGCUUGUAUCAUCUUUAUACCUAGUGGUAUAAUACUAACAAGGAUUUUGUUAUUGCUAACCAGUAAAGAUUUCUGAAAUCUGUGUUGGACUGGCAGUGUGUGAUCAGUUUGCAGGAUGAGUUUUAGGAUCAGGAUGCAAGAGUUUUUAAUACAGCUACAAAGAGAUGUCAGCCCUGAGAACGGAUAUGUACAAGUGACAUAUGGGUUUGUGAUGUUAAAAAGCCAUGACAGAACAGAAAUUCUGUGGGUUUCAAAUAAACAUAAUCAAAUUCUU